GCGAGACCCCGGCGCACCUCGGCGGCACCACGCUGUUCGGGGAUAACGUGGAGGAUGAGUGGUUCAUUGUCUACCUCGUCCGGGAGAUCACCAGGGAGUUCCCGGGGCUGGCGGCCAGGAUUGAUGACAACGAUGGGGAGUUUCUCUUGAUAGAAGCAGCUGAUUUUCUGCCAAAGUGGCUGAGUCCUGAGAAUAGUGACAACAGGGUGUUCUUUUACAAAGGAGAACUGCACAUCAUUCCACUGUCAGAGACCCAGGAGCAGGCAUCCAAUCUGACUAUCUCGCAGGCAUUAACACUGUUAUCCAAUCAUUCGGAGGAGUUCCUGGCUGCAGAAUCCAUUAGAACAGCAGUGUAUAAACGCAUCAGUGGGUAUCCUGAGAAAAUUCAGGCCUCUUUUCACCGAGCCCACUGCUACCUUCCAGCAGGCAUUGUGGCAGUGCUGAGGCAGCGCCCUUCCUUGGUGGCUGCAGCAGUCCAGGCCUUUUACCUGCGAGAUCCUGUGGAUUUACGAGCAUGUCGCUCUUUUAAGACUUUUCGUCCAGAGGAGCGUGUGAUGACUGUAGUUACUUUCACAAAGUGUUUAUAUGCACAACUGGUGCAGCAGAAGUUUGUUCCAGAUAGACGCAGUGGAUACACACUGCCUCUCCCAUCUCACCCUCAAUUCAAAGCCUAUGAGCUGGGCAUGAAACUGGCUCAUGGCUUUGAAAUUUUGUGCUCCAAGUGCAGUAAGGUAUCUCCUGAUUCUAAGAGAAAUGUGUUGAGCGGUCCUCUGUGGGAGCGAUUCCUCAGCAGCCUCAAGGAAAAAGAUUACUUCAAGGGAGAAAUGGAAGGAUCUGCUAAGUACUCGGAACUGUUGCAUAUGGCAGAAGAUUACUUCCAGCAAUCUGUUACCAAGCCAGAAAGCUGUGUUGAAGUGAGCCCAGGUGAUGAAAUCCUGACAUUGCUACAGACAACAACCAUUGAUUUGAAGGAAUUGGAGAGAGAAGCAGCUUGUCUUCCUCCAGAGGAUG